AUGGAGGCGCGCACUAGCGAUGGCGGCGCGCGGGAGUUCCUCGUGCGGUGGGCGGGCUACAGCGCGGAGCACGACUCUUGGGAGCCCAGCUGCAGCUUCCUCGACCGUGCACCAAUCGAGGCAUUCGAGGCGGCGCGGCGGCCAAACCUGUCGAGCCGAGCUGGAGGCGCGGCGGCGAACGGAACAGCCGUCACCCACGUAGCAGCACAAGCGCCGCCUUGUCCGCUGCCCGUUGGCCCGCUGGAUGCAUCAGCACCGCCGGCUGGCAGCGCGGCGAUGCCGGAGCCGGCGCGCAGGAACCUGUACGACACCGCCCUCAUCAGCGGCUGGGACUUUCGCGACGCCGGCCGCGCAAACCUGCGCUACACAGGCGCGGCGGUCCCUCUCCCGCUUCUCCGCUUCUCCGACCCCUUCCUCACUCUGCCACUACUCCCCUCGCCGCACCGCGCCACACACCAAGCACGCGCGCAGGGGAGGCCCGACAUCCUCCUCGAGUGGAACUACUACCAGGCGCCGGAGCAGCACCAGCCGCCGCCGAUGGCGCUGCUGAGCACCGCCGCCGAGCUCAUCGAUGCCGCGCUACGUGGCGGCUUGAAGCAGGAGGGCGCGGACGGGGAGGGGGAGGGCGCGGAGGGCGGCGCGUUCUGCUUCCCGCGCGAGUGGGCCCUCCGCUCCGUCCUCGGGCUGGGCUACCGGGCGAGCGACGAUAUGGCGUGGCACACCGACAUGGCGGGGGAGGAGGGCUGGCUCUGCUCCAUCUCCCUCGGCGCCACGGCGCGUUUCGAGUACCUCCCUGCGGCAGCGCCGUCCGCCCGGCGGCGGUGCGUGGUGCAAAACGAGCAGCCGCCCGUGAAGGUGGACCUCGAGUGCGGGGACGUGCUGCUGCUGCAGGGGGGGCUGCUCCCCCACCGCAUCGUCGGCUGCACCCGCGAGCCGCCGCCAUUCUUCGCCGGAAUCUCGGCAGGCACGGCGCUCUGCCGCGUCAACAUCCAGGUGCGCUUGUGGGGCCACGACCCGUCCCUCAGCCUCGGCUCGCUCCUCGAGGAUGGCUUCCAGGACGAGCGGUCGGAGCGGAUCUCGGCGGAGGGACCCUCCUGA